UAGUCGCCGCUUGCAUUAUCUCAAUGGCCGCUGGUCAGUAUUACUCUGGCUAUGGUCAUGGUCAACGUCUGCUCCAAAGCCACGGCAACAUCGGAUACAGAGCACCAGUCAUUGUACAACACCAGCCUGCCCAGUACAACGGACAUUAUGACAACCGUCAGGAUUAUUACGCUGCUCCACACUACUCCUUCGAGUACUCGGUGGCCGACUCCCACACCGGUGACAUCAAGUCACAGCACGAAUCCCGCGAGGGCGAUGUAGUCCGCGGAGCCUACAGCCUGCAUGAGUCCGACGGUACGAUCAGGACUGUCGAAUACUCCGCUGAUGCCCACAACGGUUUCAAUGCCGUAGUUCACCGUCAAGGUCACGCCGCACACGCCGUUCCCGUUCAUCAUUAA